AUGGCGGGGCCGGGCGGCGCGGAGCGGGGCCGCUUCGCCGUGGUGGGCGGCGGCAUCGCGGGGGUCACCUGCGCCGAGAAGCUGGCUGCAGAAUUCCCUUCAGAAGACAUUCUUUUAGUGACAGCUUCCCCAGUUAUAAAAGCUGUAACUAACUUCAAGCAGGUCUCCAAAACACUUGAGGAAUUUGAUGUUGAGGAGCAACCAAGUUCCCUAUUAGAAAAACGAUAUCCCAAUAUUAGAGUUAUACAGUCUGGAGUGAAACAGUUGAAAAGUGAUGAACAUAAAAUUUACACUGAAGAUGGGAAAGAAUACACCUAUGAAAAGCUUUGCCUGUGUGCAGGAGCCAAACCAAAAUUAAUUGUUGAAGGGAACCCGUAUGUGUUAGGAAUCCGGGACACUGACAGUGCACAGGCUUUUCAGAAGAAUUUGGCUCAAGCUGAGAGAAUAGUGGUGGUAGGAAAUGGUGGGAUUGCCCUUGAAUUAGUGUAUGAAAUUCAAGGCUGUGAAGUAAUCUGGGCUAUCAAGGACAAAGCCAUUGGGAACACUUUCUUUGAUGCAGGAGCAGCUGAAUUCCUCCUUCCCAAGCUCACUGCUGAAAGCCAAGAGACUCCCAUCGAGUGUAAAAGAACCAAGUACACAGUGGAAGGAAGUGAGGAGAAAGGAAGACCUCCAGGAGCAUCUGACAAGCUGGGCAGUGCCUUAGGCCCUGACUGGCACGAGGGCUUACACCUUAAAGGGACUAAGGAGUUUUCUCAUAAAGUACAUAUCGAAAUACUGUGUGAAGUAAAGAAAAUACACUUACAGCAAGAAUUUAUCCAGCUGCAGCAGACUUCCUUGGCUUUUCCUAAGGGAGAGAAAAAUGCAGAAGCAGAUGAGGUGCUGUGGCCUGUAUAUGUGGAAUUAACUAAUGGAAAAAUUUAUGGAUGCAAUUUCAUUGUCAGUGCAACUGGAGUUGUGCCAAAUGUUGAACCAUUUCUUGAUGGCAAUAAUUUUGCUGUGGGCGAGGAUGGAGGACUGGAGGUGGACAAGCACAUGCACACGUCACUGCCAGAUGUGUUUGCAGCUGGAGAUAUCUGCACAGCAGCAUGGGAGCCCAGCCCUGUGUGGCACCAGAUGAGACUGUGGACCCAAGCUCGGCAGAUGGGAUGGUAUGCAGCAAAGUGCAUGGCAGCAGAAGCUUUAGGGGAGUCUAUUGACAUGGAUUUCAGCUUUGAACUAUUUGCUCACAUUACAAAAUUUUUCAAUUACAAGGUGGUGGUUUUGGGAAAGUACAACGCUCAGGGCCUGGGCUCAGACCACGAGCUGAUGCUGAGGUGCACCAAGGGCCACGAGUACAUCAAAGUGGUGAUGCAGAACGGCCGAAUGAUGGGAGCUGUGCUCAUCGGUGAAACAGACUUGGAAGAAACCUUUGAAAACUUAAUUUUGAAUCAAAUGGACCUGUCAGCCUAUGGUGAAGAUCUCCUAAAUCCAGAUAUUGACAUAGAAGAUUAUUUUGAUUGAACAAUACCCCAUUCCCAUUUUGUAUGAAGCUUUGAUAGCAAGUCAUACAUCUUAGAAAACUGUUUUCAGGACUGAGGAUAAAUGCAAUCCUCUAUUAACAUUUUGGGUUGGUCUUGCCAAAAUACUGAGUGGUUACUGCCACAGGUACCAGCUAAUGGUGCAAUCUCUAUCGAGCUGGCUCAGAUGAACAGAGAAGAGUUUUAGGGCAGAGGGUGCUUAGAGCUCUUGCUACCUGGAAUGGAGGUUGCAAAUACGUGGCCUUACUCCAUUUUUUUUCCCUUUUUUUGCCCCCCAUAAGUUUACAUCUGAAAUAAAUGUAUUUUCUACUCAGUUAAGUACAGAACACAACCUUUGCACAAUGAAAGCCAGGAUGAGAUGGCAGUUGAGAGCAGCUUCUGAACUGCUUGUCCCUUCAGCUGUCCACGUGUUGGGGUAGAGCUGCACUGCACUGGACAGUGCCAGCCCUGGACAGCAAUGGUUCCAUCCUGGCUUUUGAUUUUGUUCCACAGUUGCUGCCUGAGAGCUGCUAUUUAUUUUGGGUCAAAUUUGGAACAAUUUAUUGUACUCAAUACAAAGCUGGCAGUACAUAUUGAGACCUGUCCCAGAUAAAUCACUUAAUUUUUUAGGUGAAUGACUGUUUUUAAUUACAUUUUCAAUUUUUGGCAAAGGUCUCCGCUAAAGGCUGGGUGAAAGACUAUAGGCUUUAGUCACUGUCACAAUUUUACCAGAAAAAUAAAGAUGAAGAGCAUGUUCUUAAUAGUAGUUGUAUAUUUGUUAUACAUGUAAGUGUAAGGGAGAAGAAUAAAAUGCAACCGCCCAGAACCUGCAUUUAUUAAUGCAACUGAACACGGCUUUCUGAUCUUUGACUGCUAAGAUGUUAAAAGUAAGAAAACAAAACUGAAUCUAGCAGUCAGCAUAUGUGCCUGAGAAUGCUUGGAGGCAGCAGUAGCUGCUGAGUGUUUCCUAGGCUGGCAGGUUGUCUUGUUUGUAAACUUAAAUUGAGGUACUUCUGCCAAGCACAGAAGUCAUCAAUUUCUAUCUGAAUAACAACCUAGAGAAGUCCAAUUUUAAGAGCAACAGACAUAUUUAAAAGGAAUAAAUACACAUCAUAUUUCACUCAUCAAUACAUACAGUAUUUCACUCCAACGUGGCACAGUGGGUGUAGGGACACUUGCAGAGAGGGCAGCGCCCACAUGGGCACAGCAGCAGCUCUGAGCCAGCCAGGGCUGCAGAGGAAUGAGGCUGGAGCAUCCCAGUCUCCAGCUGUCUGAUGUCACUCCCUGGGGCUGGUGACAGCAGCUGCCCUGGGGAGGCAGUGCCCUGGCUGCAGUGGGGUCACUGGUGAGGAGGAGAGUCACCUGCACAGCAGGCAGAAGGAACAGGAGGUGACAGGGUCUUCAUGCUGAGCUAAGGACCACCAAGUCCUGUGCUGCAAAGGAGAGAAAUCUCCAGAGGACUCUGAGGGGAGCAGGGGAGACUUCCACAGGAGGGAAGUCUGGAAACCUCUGCACCUCUGGCAGUCCUUUCCAGACUGCAUGAACCUGCCACAAUGUCUACAUUUCCAAAAGAGGUAAAAAGGCAACAUGGUCAUUAGAGAGGUUUUGUAAUCAUUGCUGUAUCCUAAGAUACACACCAGUUAUUUUGAUAUGAAACACUUUUUCAUCUUCUACUAGCCUUCUAGGUUCCCUGUUCAGUGUUUAUUAAAAAAAAAAAAUAAAAA